CCUCUAAUCUUUAUGGUGGCUUGCAACCACCACCACCACCGCCCACAACUGCCCAAACUCCUUACUCCAUCGUUUCAAUUCGAAAUCAAAAUUCACCACCGGCACGCGUCAAUCCCACGCAGUCUUCGCCGCCGCCACGUCCCACUGGCAGAUCGUUAGUAGAUUCAUUUGAACCCAUACGUGGUUUUAGUACGAAUGUUGACGGCAAACCCCAUUUACUGUCUUCACCUUCGAACACAAAUUUAUAUCAAACUGAAAUUUUGACCAGUACUCCUGCAAAUUACCUUCAACCUCCAACCGUACCUACCGCCGUCACGAAAACUCAUUCUGCCGGCACAACACGUUUAAAGCAACACACGCAAGUCCGCCANUCGAAUGUAGCACACGCAAGUCCGCCACAAUCUCUUGACCCGCAAGUCUAUCAGAGCGCCGAAAAUCUGCCAAUGGCUGAUGCCUUACGCUUACUUUUGCGUCCCUACUUCAAUCGAAGUGGCACGAUUUCGGAGGAUAGCGCUGAAAAGGCUGAGUCGCAUAUAAUGAAGCUUACAGCGGAACAGCCAUCUGUGCAUUCUGUUGUAAAUACAUUACCUCAUACAACUACCAACAAAUCCAAAGUUGGUGCUGAAAAUGAAAAGGAGGUUGAACUUAUACUUGCAGGUGAACAGCAUAGUUUGAUCACAAACCCAACUGAAAACAGCGUACACGCGUCACGUACAGAUAUUUAUUCGAAAAAUACAAAGCAAGAAUCUAAAAAUAAUCCUAAUUGGCAUAAUCGCGGUCAAAAUCGGGAAUUCCACCGUACACAUCCAAAUUUAUUAAAUCCCUUUCAUGAGGUUGAUCAGUCAAGUCCUCAUCGCCACAACCACAAUCACAAUAGAGCAUUCCAUGAGCGACAUCCUGAAAUGCCAAAUCCAUUCGCAACACCCGUUACGCUGCGUACUGUGCCUACAACUACGAAUAAUUUUGAUUUGACGGAUGCAAAUCCACCAAAUCCAUAUGCGGAGUCAACAACUCCUUUUAGUGUUCGACCUGAGAUAGAUUUGAGAGCAGGCCAGGAUGUGGAUUGCCAGUUUGAUUGUGGAAAUGGAAAAUGUGUGAAGUCCUUUGAGGUAUGCAACGGCAUUAACAAUUGUGGUAAUCGUAAGGAUGAAGAUAAUUGUAAACAUUUGGGCUAUGAGGUGCGUUUAGCUGGUGGCGAAAGUGCAAACAUGGGCCGUGUUGAGGUUAAAAGUGAGUAUUUUAAUGUAAUAACGUACAUACAUACAUUUUGGAUAUACUUGCAAAAUGUCUGAUUAAAACAUCGAGCGUAUUUGCUAAAUGAACUGUAUAGAGUUGAUAAUAACUGACGCCAAUGAGCUUAUAAGGCUGGGCAUUUGGGAGGUCUUUAAAAUUUAAAAGGUUAAAAUGUUUUAGAAAAUUAUUCGCCGGAAAGCUUGACUAGAAGUAUUUUCAGACAUUUUAACAAAUAUAAAAAAAAAAAAGUGUUUGUAUAUUUCAAGGAGACAUAUUUGUUUUUUAUUUUCUGUGGACUUUUAUGUUCUUUGUAUAAAGAUUUUGUCUGAGUAUACGCUUAGUCAAUUUUUCACCGACGAAUAAUUUUCUAGAAUAU